AUGUCGCCACAAUCACUCCUACCUAUCACAAUGUUACUACCACCACCCCUACCUGUCGAAACGUCACCACCACCAACCAGAUUUGACACACCGUCACCAUCACCACCACCCCGACCUAAGACAACGUCACCAUCACCACCACCCCGACCUAAGACAACGUCACCACCACCACCCCGACCCGACACAAUGUCACCACCACCACCCCGACCCGACACAAUGUCGCCACCACCACCCCGACCCGACACAAUGUCAUCACCACCACCCCGACCUAACACAAUGACACCACCACCACCCCGACCUAACACAAUGUUAUCACAACCACCCCGACCUAAGACAACGUCACCAGCACCACCCCGACCUAAGACAACGUCACCACCACCACCCCGACCCGACACAAUGUCACCACCACCACCCCGACCUAACACAAUGUCAUCACCACCACCCCGACCUAACACAAUGUCAUCACCACCACCCCGACCUAACACAAUGUCACCACCACCACCCCGACCCGACACAAUGUCACCACCACCACCCCGACCUAACACAAUGUCACCACCACCACCCCGACCUAAGACAACGUCACCACCACCACCCCGACCCGACACAAUGUCACCACCACCACCCCGACCCGACACAAUGUCGCCAACACCACCCCGACCCGACACAAUGUCAUCACCACCACCCCGACCUAACACAAUGUCACCACCACCACCCCGACAUGACAAUGUCACCAUCACUAUACCGACCUGA